GAACAUUAGUUGGUCGAGACCAGGACAUUGUCAAACGUAGUCAGGUCAUGUGUCCCAAGAUACUUUUGUUUACAGGGUCAGAUAACACCCAAAUAGCGCAUGCCUAAUAAGAGGUCAAGCUAGUUCAAAGCCCGUCUCCACAGACUUCACUCGAGCCACGAAAUAAAACCAGAUAUCCUAACUCAGACAUACGGCAAACUCGGCGUUUUCGAUAAUCUAUCAUCUUCUCAAACGAAAAGGCCUCCGAAUCUGCUAAGCAUUGUCAUGCGUGCUCUUCGAUACCACGGAAACAAAGACAUCAGGCUUGAUGAUGUUCCAGAGCCCGAAUGCAAGCCUGGCUGGAUCAAGCUGAGGUGUGGAUAUACAGGCAUAUGUGGAACUGAUCUUCAUGAAUAUACCACUGGACCCUCCUGGGUGCCUACAACACCCCACUGCUUGACUGGCGCCAAAUUGCCUUGCACGCUAGGCCACGAAUUUGCUGGAACGAUCGUGGAAGUUGGAGAGGGUCUCUCGGACUUCAAAGUCGGUCAGAAAGCUGCCAUCGAACCAUGUAUUUCAGAUACCACCUGUGCAGAUUGCAAAGAAGGCUUCCCAGUUUUGUGCGAAAAACUGGGAGUGGUAGGAUUCAGCGGCUGGGACGGUGGUGGCGGUUUGUCUGAAUACAUUUGUCUGCCGCCACGGAAUGUCCAUCCAGUUCCAGACAGUAUGUCUCUCGAGGUGGCAGCCUUGAUCGAGCCGCUUAACGUUCCUUGGCGGGCUAUAAAAGCUUCGGGCUUCAAAUUUGGCGAGACUGCGCUGGUUCUCGGAUUAGGUCCAAUCGGCCUAAUGACAAUACUCUGUCUCCAAGCGUUUGGUGCAAGUAAGAUCAUCGUGUCCGAUCCGGCUGAAGGACGACUAGAACUUGCAAGGAAGCUUGGAGCUCAUCAUGUUUUCGAUCCAAAAAAGGACGAUGUGGAAAGCAGCAGCAAAGACCUAUGUGAUGGAAGAGGACCGCAUGUGGUCUUCGAAUGUGCUGGCGUCCAGGCAUCAUUGACCACCGCUCUUGCGGCAGUUCGGAAAAGAGGAACAGUUAUCGGACUUGCAUUAUGGGAAACUCAAGCAACAAUCGAUCCCAACGACGUAGUGCUAAGGCAGGUCAAGUACUUUGGUAUCCUUCCUUACGUUCCAGGUGACUUUCAGGAAGUCAUCAACGCAGUCACUGAAGGUAGAAUUCAUCGCCCUGAGAGACUCAUAUCUGCGAAGAUAGCGGUGGAGGAUAUAGUGUCGAAAGGGUUUGAUGCUCUGCUCAACAACAAGAGCGAUACUAUCAAAGUCUUGGUGAAGCCUUUGAGUGGUGAAGUUGAUGAGUAGAAUAGGAAGAGAAUAUACACAUUUUUCCAACCAGGCAGGCAUGCGAUGUAAUCAA